AUGACGACCGCACGCGCAGACGGACAGCAGACGGCCAGGAAACGCUCGAACACGGCACAGUCCAUAUUCAAGCCCCCGACGCCUUCUCAAAGCCAGCAGCAGCAGCAGCAGCAGCAGCAGACACCGCCCACGCCGCCUGCGCUCAAGAUCGGGGACGCCAAGACGCUCAUCUCAUGGGUCCAUGAUAUCAAAGAGUCCCCUAAUGUCAUCCUCAACCAGUCGUUUUGGCCGGGCGUCGCGGAGGGGGACAUGUUGCAUGUUAUCAACGCGAAUGCGGACGACGGCGAGGAGGGCUUCUUGACUGUUGUUCCCAAGGACGAGGGGUGUGCUAAGCCAGCUCUUCAGAUUUCUAUACCGCGAAAUGUUGCAGACGUGUUCGACGUGAAGAACAAUGGCGAGGUUACAGUCACCAGGGUGGACCCGGAGAAACACUACUGCGACUACAUCGAGCUUACAUUCGCAGACCAAUAUCUCGGCCGCAACGAAAUGUGGCGUCUCACCGAACACCUCGUCGGCCAAUGCGUCUACGUCGACCAGGAGAUCUCCUUCAUAGGCAUCAUCGCCGCCAAAAUCUCCGCCAUCUUCAUCGACGGCGAAAAAGUCCCCGCAGGCUACGUCACGCCCCGCACCAAAUCCAUCUUCCGCUCGCUCUCCGCCAAAGUCACCAUCUUCAUCCAAGUCUGCCGCGAGCUCUGGGAGUUCGCAGGCGACGGCGAGCGCUACAACGAGAAGAUCGUGCACUCCUUCCUCCCCGCGCUCUUCGACCGCUGGCGCGACGCCGGCACGAACCACAUCGUCACCAUCGUCCUCAUCUCCCGCGUCUUCUACGACGCCUCCGAGCUCGAGUACGCCGCCGGCCCGCUCAGGCAGGACGACUACGGCGCGUGGUACAAGGACUUUUAUAAAGUUAUUACGGACCUCGAGGCCGUGCAGGACUGGCGCCCCACGCUCGUGAACCUCAAGGACUCGUUCUGGGCGUUCCAGCGCGACAUUCUCCUCGCGCACCACUACCACCGCGCCGCCCUCGACGCCGGCGGGGGAAGCAGUGGCGGGGGCGGGGGCGGGGGCGGGACGGAGCCGGGGCACGCGCGCCUGGUGGGCGCGCUGUCCUUUGCGCACGACGGGCCCAUCCUCGAAGCGCUCAACCUGAACCUGAACCCGAACGAGCACCACUACGUCGACCGCUCGCUCACGCUCACCGGCGCCGCGAGCAUCAUCGUCACGCCCGGCACGGGGUACUACCGCGUGAACAAGCAGCUCCUACGGCUCACCACGACGCGCAUGCUCGACCAGGGCUUCGGGCUCGACUUGGUGUCGCUCGCGAAGCAGCCGCUGCACCAGUCGCCUAUGUUUAGCUUUAGGGGGUACGAGCCGCGCCCGGGCCAGGGCGAGGACGGGAAGGCGACGGGGAGGGCGAUGGAUCCGCUGUGGGGCGGGGAUGUGCCCAUUCCGCGGGGUAAAUCCGCUGGCGCGGGGUCGUCGGACCGCUCUUCGCCUGUUGACGGCAUCGGCGGCAGGGCCUCCGCACCUACUUCUGCCUCUGCCUCCGCCAGUGGCUUAUCGCAACAACCACAGGAGCAAGCCAGCAGCGUCCCGACACCCGCGCUCAAAACCUUCUGGUGGGAGCCCUUCUGGAUCGGCGUCACCUUCUGGGACCGCCAGCGCGACCUCCCGUUCCGCGCGGACCGCUUCGUCGCGCGCGCAAAGAUGCACGAGGUCGAGAUGAUGGGCCUUCUCGACCACGAUGUGCUCGCGAGCAUCGAGGUCCCGUUUUUGCCGGCGUAUGGGACUGCGCCUGUGGGCGUGGUGCUUGGGCCGGGGGGCGAUGGACACGACUAUGCACACGGAAAUGGGGGCGGGCAUGAGUACGGGAAUGGACACGGGCACGGGCGUUCCGAUGGGUAUGAUGGUGCGCACGGGCAUGGGCAGGACGGGGAGGAGAUGGUGCACGGGCGUGCGCCGACGAGGAUGGAGGCGGAGCAGGCGGACAUGGACACGUUUGCGUCGAGGGCGGUAGUCAGGCCCGGCAUCGGCAGCGGUGCGCGCGGGUCGUUCGCGGCUGUACCAGGCGGCAUCGGAGGGGGCUCGGGCACGUCGACGCUCGUGUCGUCCUAUCGCUCGACGGCGGCGUUCGCGGAUAGGGAUAGAGAUAGAGACAGGCGGGGAGGCGGGCCGCCGCACCGCAACUCGCUGUCGCUUGCUGGCCCGCGUAUUGCGUCGAUCGAGGAGAGCCCGCGGAGGAUCAUUACAGAGCUUCCGCCCGAGGGCGGCGAUGCGAGCGGUGGCCCCGUAUAUGCGUCGUCGGUCUCGGGGUUGAGCGUCUCCCCAUCGAAUCCGUCGGUGCUCUCCACGAGGUCGUCGCGCUCAGCACGCUCGUCUGUUACCCAGGGCAGCACCGCCUCGAUAAGGACCGCAGGCACCGAGAGUCCAACGCGCAGGACGGGCUCAAAUCACAACUCCAAUGCCAAUGCCAAUGCGGGUGGAUUGUCCAAGUUCGCCCCGACGUGGCUGUACAACCCGUUCAGGUCGACGCCGAGCAACCCGCAAGUGACGUCCGCGACGGCGUCGACGAGCAGCCCGAGCUCUCCGGCGCCCAGCGUCAGCGGCACGUCGUCCAUCCGCAUACCCGGCCACGGGAUCGGGCACCAUCCCCUCCCCCCGCACUCGCCCGCGAUGUCGACCAAGUCGCUCUCGCGCUCGCCGCAGCCCGUCGCGAUUCUCACCUCCGCGACCGGCCGCCCGGUGCUGCAGAACAGGGUGCACAUGCAGGACGAGGAGCCGCCGACGCCGCACCGCGGCUCGCUGCCGCGCUACUCCCCCGUGAAUGUAUCCCCGCGCGACGACGCGCCCUUCACAUCCGCCGCCGCGCGCCGGCGCCCGCUCCCCCAUACUUUGUCCUCCGCCUACCCCGCCGGCGCCGGCGCCACCUCAUCGACCUCGCCGCACGCCGCCUGGCGCACGAACCCCUCGCAGCCGCUCGCCGCCGUCUCGCACGCCCAGUCCUCGCUCGCGCGGCGGUGGCAGCACAUGCUCCCCACGCCCACAUUCAAGCACGAGAUCAAAUGGACGUCGCUCGUCACGCCCGGCUGUCUCCCGCUCACGGUCGACUACUUCCCGCCGACGGCGGAGCUCGAGAGCGCGUACGACGUGUUCUCGUACGACUUCGUCAUCGACCCGAGCGAGAUGCGCUCGUGCCUCGUGCGGCCGCCCGCGCCGGGCGAGCUGCCCCCCGGCGCGAAGCCCGCCGAGGUGCGCAGGGCGUGGGCGAGGUUGGUGAUGCGCGGGAUGGUCGCGGUGAGGCUCGCGCAGGGGUUCCAGUUUGUGCUCCGCCCGGGUGCGCCGAAGGCGCGCAAGGGGGGCGCGGAGGCCGGGGCGGACGCGGACGACAAGACGCCCAACCAGAACGCGGGGCUUGCACCGGGCACAGCGACAGUGACGGCGACGGCGACGGCUGCCACGGCGCGCCGCGCCAAGACGUAUCUGGGCGAGGAGGACGCGACGCCGAAGCCCGAGGGCGCGGCGCAGGUGCUCUCGCGCAGCACGGAGCCGGUGUACCUGAGCAUGAGCAACGAGAUCCACCGGAUCUCGUACACGGGCGAGGCGAUCCAGGUGCGGCGGUACGUGCGGCGUAUGCCGGCGCUGGGGCCGAUCGAGUACGAGUGUCUGGUGUGGCCGAAGCUGGGCAUGGGAUACACGGAGAUGAAGGCGACGUUCAGGUCGUAUGGGCUGGAGAACUACGGGUGGAAUAGGCUGGACAUGCUCGUUGCGGGGUACGAGCACCAGUUCAACGACUCGCUGCGGUACUGGCGGACGCGCUUCGUCGUCAUUCCUACCACGGAGGCUCCGCCGCUGACGAACGAGCCGGUGGGCGAGGGCCUCGACGACGAGGAGAUCCGCAUCAUGGGGAUCGAGAAGCUCGCCGAGCUCUUCACCAAGCACCGCUGGCAGUUCCCCGAAGACAAGGACAAGGACAAGGCCGCGCAGCAGCUCCUCCCGCCCGUGCGCUUCCUGCCCACGACGCUCGGGCCCGUGGUCGCGCUGAGCGACGAGGUGCUGAUGGCGCAGCUGGACGAGAUCCACGCGGCGGGCCCGCUCAAGAAGAAGAUGAAGAGCGAGCGCGAGAUCGGGGAGAUGCCGCUGCAGGCGGUCGCGAAGGCGAUGCUGCGCGAGGAGGACGGCGUGCCGAUGAAGAUGCACCACUGGCACGGGGUCAAGUACGACAACUCGUUUACUGGCUUCGAGUUCGUGUCGUGGCUCGUGCGCGAGUUCCGGGACGUGUCGUCGCGCGAGCAGGCGGUCGAGGUCGGUGGAGAGCUGCUCAAGAAGGGGUUGUUCAGGCAUGCGAGGGGUGCGCAUGGGCUUUUGGAUGGAUACUACUUCUACCAGCUCGAGGGCGAUUAUGUGAACAUGAGCACCCCUCGCAUGGGAUGGUUCAACAAGGCUUCGCGACACGUCAGCAAUGACGAGGCGCCCGUCGGUCGGGGUUAUUACCCUGGGACGGUAGGGCGUCCAAGUGCCAUGAGCCCCCGGAAGCCCAAGAAGAGCCUGAUUCUGACGGCGAGCGACAUCAUUGAUAUCGAUCCUGGCAAGAAAAGCGACCAAGCGGAGUCAGUUGUGCUGCACCAUGACAUCAUCCAGAACCCCGAGACAGUGUUCCACUUCGAGCUGCAGUGGAUCGGCACGACGGCGCGGUGCAUCGACGACGCGCUCCGGCAGUGGUCGCGCGUGAUCGAGCGGUAUGGGCUCAAGCUCGUCGAGGCGUACGUGGCCGAGAUCGGCGACAUCCAGGCGCGCAACCCGUUCCAGUCCUGCUUCCCGUUCAAGCUCGCCGUCCCGCCGCCGAUCGUGCCCGACCUCGAGAAGCGCGUGCCCGAGGGGACGCAGACGGCGCACUACUUCGAGUACGCGCUCCUGCGCCGGUGGGGCUUCAUCAUCGACGUCGAGGCCGCACACAUGUACCCGCGGGACGUCGACGUCGUGUACCAGUACCGCCGCGCGCCGUUCCGCCACUCGCAGUUCGUGCACCGCUCCGGCGUCGCGUUCGUGCAGGUGCUCAGCGGCUCGCAGGGUUUCUUGUUCCUCACGAACCGGCUCAUGGCCCCCGGCAGGCUGGGCAACGCGCACAAGGGCGGCGUGAGGCCGGGUGUGGCGGCCGAGGAGAUGCGGCAGAAGCUGUACAAGUUCUGUUGCGAUAAGGAGGCGUUGAUAAAGUUCUAUGAUGAGGUAUUGGACACGUUGGGGUCUGAUGUUGAAAGAUUCGAGCGGGCUGACCCCCCGCCGUUGAGCAUAUAG